AGGCCAAUCAAAAUUCAGGUUACAAAUGACCGCCAUUUUAGCCGGAAGUCAACAUUUUUGAAAAAUAUUUAGAUUUUUAUUCUAAUGUAAAGCUGUAUGCUGGAUACUAUGAGAUAAUGAGAUGAACACAAAGGGUAUACUGAUGUCAUGAAUACUCCAAGACCACUAGUGAUUGGGGGCAAGGUGACGGAUAUGCAACUGACGUUUGAUGCACUUUAUGAAGCCAGUCCAAAGCCUAGGGUAGUCAAACAAUCUGAGACCAAGCAGAGCGUCACAGAAUCUGCCUUCAACUCCCUCUAUGAUGCUAGUCCAAUCCCUAAGAUUGUUAAAGAUAAGCUGAAUGAUUCAGCAUUCUUGAACACAUCUAUGGGAUCUGCAAAUAAUCCUAACACCAGUCUACAAGACACAAGUCGAGGGAGGUCUGCAUGGUUAACCAAUCUACAGUGUAAUAAGGACAAAGAAGGUUUCCUCACCCCUCUCUCAUUACAUCCUGUUUCCUGUAACUCAACACAGCACUCUGAAAGCCUCUGUGAAAGGAAGAAUCUUGUUGCACCUAAUGACGGCAUUGUUGAGAGAGUGGAUGGAGAGUUAAAACAAAACUGUGAAGAAAAUGUCCCCAUUGAUGAAUAUGAGGUUGAAGGGGAUCCAAGUUCACCGCUAAGGAAAUCACCUCAGAGGAAUUUAAGCCCUGUGUUUUACUGGGAGAAGGCACGGGCAGAUGCGAUUCGACAGAAAUCAAACCUUGUGUAUCGUCACACAGUUCUGUCUCCUACGUCAUUUGCAUCCACUGACCAAUCAGAUGACAGUGGUGAUGAGGAUAAUGACGUCAGCGAAGCACCAACCACUGAUUUUGUCUCACCGAAAAAAGUGCCGAAAUCCGCCAUAUUCAAAAUGAUGAAAAAUGAUUCUACAAACUCAGUUAAUGAAAUGCAGGACAGUAUAUUGGACACUAGUAAGGAUUCAAUGGUCUUAGAACCAUCCAAAUCAAAAAUACCCAGGGAAAAAAUCCAGUUGAAAUCAUUUGAUUCAUUUCUGGGUGAUGAAUCUUUAGAGAUGGAUUCCUCGAAUAACGAUUCACCACUUGACAUGAAUAAUAGGGUACUGAAGUCAAAACACUUUGAAAGUGCUCUUGUCUUUGGUGUCAAAAUUGAUAGUAAACAAUUGAAUAAUAAUACUGUUGAAAAUGUAGAAAAGUCUGAUGAUGAGGGUUCUGAUGAAAUAAGUGAUGUGGGCGAUGUACAUCAUAAACAAGAUCUUCAGUCAGAAACAAUUCCAAAUGAUGCAGCUUCGGAGGAAAGAAUAAACUCCAAGCCAAUGAAUGAAAUAGAUGACAUAAGUAAAAACUGUUCUGAUGAAAAUCAUUCUGAUUUAAAUGAUGUUGAAAUUAAUGAUUACAAUAAUGAAAACGAACUACCCAUCAAAAUGAAUUUAAACAAAAUAUUAGAUGAUGGUUCUGAUUCAGAUGAAAUUCCUGAUCAAUCUGUGUCCUUUGAAAAUUCAGCUAAAUAUUCAGAUGAAUAUCAGUCAACGACCAAAAACAUUGAAGAUGAGGAGGAAGAUGAUGAAUUUGAAAUUGGUGAAGAACCUCCACAUGUCACACAUCUCCCUAUUCAUAUGAAGUCCAGAGCUAAACAUCUCAAUGUGGAAACAGAUGAUGUCAUAACCCCUCUGAAUACUAAAAGAGAUCGUCGUAGACCCCGUAGUCUAAAAGAUCACCUCCAUCUCGAUGAUAUUACUUCUACAAACCGCGAGAGUCAUAAGAAAAGUGUGCAGAAACGUCAAAGCGAAGCUAAUCCAGAUAACAGUAAAACUAGAGUUGUUCUACCAGAUGAGACUAAUUCUGACUCUGAUGAUAAUAAAAAUAAUUUUGACUUUGAUGAAACUGAAAAUAAUCUUGACUCAGAUGAUAGUGAACAUAAUUUUAGCAUCAUAGGCGCAUCAAAACCAUCCAGUAAGGUUCAAGCAUUGUCAUCUAUUUCUAAAAACAAAAUUCCAAAAGAUCCAAGACAGAGUUUGAAAACUGUUAAAUCUAGCCAGAAAAGAUCUGACAAAUCAAGUAAUAGGACACUCAAAGAAAAUACAAGAAUGAAAAACACUGGCACUGUUAAUACUACUGGAAGAUUUGAGAGUCCUACAAAAAGGCGGAGCCUAAGAAAUGUGAAAUCUGCAACUAAAUCAAAAGGUGUAACCAGGGUUGGCGAAUCAAUGGCAUCAGAUGAAGAUUCUGAAGACAAAAAUGAAAACAUAGCAUCAAAUGGAAGUAAAUGGAAAAACAAUCAUGAGGCAACACAUAAAGACAGUGAAGAGGCGUUAGAAGUUAAAGAAACCUUGCUCAAUUGGUAUAUUGUUCCAUCCAGGUCCACAAUUAAAAUACAAGGAGACCGCUUGUCGGAUGGACAGUUGUGGAGUUCAGGAAAUAUUCGAAGUCGGGUGAACUCUCAAACAGUAAAGAAUGCCUCUGGUUCUUUGUAUAAGAUAUCCGGAAAGAUGAACACCCAGGCUUCCAUAGAGCAUGGUUUUCCCUCAAUAUACAUUCAUGACUUUUUGCAAGGGAUUCCUGUCAACUGGAGAAGUUUGAUAAGGUCAAACCCUGUGAAAGCAGAGAAGACUAAAAGAAUAUUGGUUUCCAACAUUAAUGACACAAAGAAAGCUUCCCCAAUGAUUAGCACAAGUGAUUUAAAGAAGACACGUAGUGGUCGUAUGGUUAAGCCCCAGCUAGCAUGGUGGACAGGACAGAGAGUGAAAUACUGUGCUGGGGCAGAUACAGUUGAGAUUGUACAAGAGUCUGCUAAUAGCCUGGUGGGCACCCCCAAUAUAUCCUUCACACAAGAUAAGAGACAGAAAAGGUUACGAGAAAAGCAUGUCCAGAACAUCAUGAACCAGUCAAGGAGAUCAAAUAAUCAAAGUCAGUCAAUCAUAGAAUGGAGCUCAAGCUCCGAUUCAGACUCUAAAGACAAUGAAGGUAUAAGCGAAGAAAUGAGUUCUUCUAAAUCUGAGACGGAGGAUAGUUCAGGAGAAAUUGAUUCCAAUUUCCGAUCUGUAAAAAAGUUAAACAAUUCAAAGAGAUUGGAUCGACAAAGUGAACACCAUUCCCAAACAGAUGAAAUACUAACUGUGAAUAAAAAGAAAUCACCAUACUCAUAUGAGAAAAAAUCUAGACGAUCGCAUACAAAAGCAGAAAUGGAAUUCUCGAAUCUUAUUGAUUCUCCUAAAAAUUCCAAGCGAAGUUUGGCCAAAGUCUAUGAGAAUCAAUCAAACACUGCGGGAAGUAAAAACAAGAAGAAAGCUCAAACUAAGAGAAACUCAAAAAAUACUUGUAACUAUCACCCAGAAAAUAAUACAGUUGAUGCAUCUAUCAACAUUAAAAUAUCCAACUCUAAUAUAAAUGUAUCUGGUUAUAAUCUUGCUGAGGAUAUAACUAAGAUGAUUGACGAUCGCAGGAGCAAACGCCUGCAACAGCAAACCAAGGGAAGAAAAACAUGCUAUACCAAAGCAAAAAUUGAAAAAGAGAAUACAUCUGGAUCUAAUAAUUUUGAAUUACAUGAUGAUUAUAAUGUUAAAACACCACUUGUACGUAGACCACAGAGAGGUUCAAAGACAGAAGCACGGGAACGAAUAUUUGCAUGGAGUAUCCCUGACUCGCCAUUUUCCCCUGAGUAUCUCAUGCUUAAAACAAAAAGAAACAGAAAUAUAUCAAAAAAAGUUAUAAAAUAUGACGACACACUUGAGUCAGAUGUGGAGAAAGAUCACAACUUUUCAUCAUUGAAACCAUGUCUGAUAAAUUCAAAACCAAAAAGGAAGAGUUCUGAACAUAAAGAUAAAAGUGCCAUGAAAGUGAGAGAAAAGGUGAGAUUUGAUACAAUAUCAAACAAAGAAAGAUCUCACAGGAGAACUAGAACUAGAUCCAAUAAAUCUCGACCUCUGAAAGAACAAAAUGACUCUGCCCAACAAGUGUCCAACACUGCUGAGGAUGGAAAGGACAUUUGGAAUGAAGAGGAAACAGAAAGGCUAUACAGAGCUGUUAAAUCUAUACCUGCUACCCGCUCCAUGUUCUGGCAUGAAGUUGCCAAGAAGGUAGGCAGUAGCAAAUCUGCUGAACACUGCCAGGAAUUCUACCAGGGCCAAGGAGCUAUUGUAGCACAUCCGUCAAAACAUCACAAAAAGGUCCCAGCACCCAAAGAAAAGAAAGAGGUUGGCCAGUUAACUGGUAAAGCUGGCACAAUGAAACGCAAGAGACAGCUUCGUGAAUUGAUGGAGGAACAUGACAAAGCCUAUGAAGAAGAUAUGUUUGAAGCCACUCCUUUCAAGAAGAAAAAAAUCAUACAGAUUCCGAACCUUGAUGAAUCGGAUGAUGAUUUUGACAAUUUAGAUUCUGGGCUGACCCCUGGGGAGAAAUAUCGCACCCCCAAAGCGGGCAUUCCAGCACGUUUAUUGCGCUCUGAACGGAGGACUCCACAUUCUUCCAUGCCCACUCCUGCUUUUCUCAAAUCUGUCAAUAGGUACAAUGCAGAUCUGUAUAUAAACAAGUUAAAGAAUGCUAGAAAGGGGAGAGCUAUUCACAGAUAUGGGAAAGAGCAUAUUGAACGACAGAGUCAGUCAGAUGAUACAUCGGUGAAGUUGGAUAUGAACAGGCCAAUAUUUGAUGAAGAUGACCACAUGGAAGAAAAUGCCAAUGACUCCGAUCAACAAGCAGACUAUUAUUACUCUGAUGAUGAUUAG